ACAAAGUCUCGUUUUUUUUUCUUCCUUUUACUAUGUCUCCUAUUCAACAAACAUUAUCAGCAAAAGAAAAAUAUGCAAAGGCUGUAGAUCCCGUGGCUAGUAUGAACGAAGAACGUGCCAAAGCAUCCUUCAACAUUCGUGAUAUGACUUAUCUUUUAGAUGGUGGUGAAAAGGCUACUGCAUUAAAAGAAAGAUUUAUGAUGGAAUUAGAACGAGAUCCUUUAUUCAAAAUGGACGAUUUCCAUGACCUGUCAAAAUCUGAACUUCGUGAACGUACAAUGGAAAAGUUCCGUAGUUUACUUCAUCAUUUACAAAACGAAUCUGUGGAAAUUUUUAGAAAACGUAUGGAAGUCAUUAGUAUGAUCGAUCCUGGUUUCUGGACUCGUUUUGGUGUACACUAUGGUCUUUUUGUUGGUGCAUUACAAAGUAACGCUACUUCUGGACAAUUUGCCUAUUGGUUGGAAAAAGGUGCCUUAUCUCUUAAUGGUAUGGUGGGAUGUUUUGCUAUGACUGAAAUUGGUCAUGGAUCCAAUGUGCCUGGAUUGGAAACAACUGCUACUUUUGAUGAAGCUGCUGAUCAAUUCGUUAUCCAUACUCCUACUUUGACUGCAACCAAAUGGUGGAUUGGUGGUGCUGCUCACUCUGCUACUCAUGCUUCUGUCUUCGCUCAAUUGAUCGUUAAAGGCAAAUGUUAUGGUACAAAAUGCUUUAUUGUUCCUCUACGUGAUCCCAAAACUUAUAAUACUCUUCCUGGUAUCAAUAUUGGUGAUAUUGGAAAAAAAAUGGGUCGUGAUGGUAUUGAUAAUGGUUAUAUUCAAUUCACCAAUGUUCGUAUUCCUCGUGGUUAUAUGCUUCAAAAACAUACUAAAGUAUCUCGUACUGGUGAAGUCAAAGAACCAAAAUUACAACAAUUGACUUAUGGUGCCUUAUUACAAGGACGUGUGGCCAUGGUAGUAGACAGUGGAAAUGUAUCAAAGAAAGCUCUCUCUAUUGCCAUCCGUUAUGCUGCUGUACGUCGUCAAUUUGCUAAUUCCAAAUCUGGUGGUGUAGAAACCAAGUUACUCGAUUAUCCUAUUCAUCAACGUCGAUUGAUGCCUCUUCUUGCUCAAACAUUUGCCAUGUUAUUCACUGGAUCGGAAAUGAGUGAAAUGUAUAUCAAGAUGAUGGGACGUUUGGAAUCAGCCAAGGAAGGUGACAAGGAUUUAGAUGAAGUGAUUGAAAUGCUUAAGGAAACUCAUUCUACAAGUGCUGGGCUCAAAGCAUUCUGUACCUGGAAUUGUUUGAAUACCAUCGAACAAUGUCGUCAAGCCUGUGGUGGUCAUGGUUAUUCCGCUUACACCGGAUUGGCUGGUAUGUACCAAGACUUUGCUGUGCAAUGUACAUGGGAAGGGGACAAUACUAUCUUGACCUUACAAGCUGGUCGAUUCUUGAUCUCAUCUUAUCGCGAAGCUAUGAAGGGUAAAAAAUUGUCUCCUGGUGUUGGUUAUCUUAACAAGUUGGAUGCUUUGAUUGGUAAGAAAUGUCAUGUACCUUCUUUGGAUGCUAUUUUGGAUCCCAAGGUGAUCAUCGAAGGUUGGCAAGUCGUUUGUGCUAAUGUGGUCAAGAAUGCUGCUUUGGAAUUUGAAGCUUGUGUCAAACGAGGACUUGAUGUGGAUGAUGCUUAUGAAGAAUGCUCUCAAUCUCGUCUCUAUGCUGCCAAGUUACAUUCUUAUGGAUACUUAUUCAAUCGAUUUGCUGAUGCUAUUAGAAAAGUGGAAGGCAAUCUUCAAAAGGUAUUGCUUGAUGUUUGUAUGUUAUAUGGUCUUUACACAAUUGAAGAAAAUGCAGGUGCUUUCCUACAAUAUGAAUACUUUACUCCUCAACAAAUGGAAUUCAUUCGUGCCAAGGUGAACUUUUAUUGCAAAGCUGUACGUGAUCAAGCCAUUCCUUUGGUGGAUGCAUUCAAUUUGUCAGAUUAUAUGAUUAAUAGUCCAUUGGGUUGUGCUGAUGGAAAUGUUUAUGUCAAGUAUUUUGCUCAAGUCCAACGACAAAAUCCUCAAGGUGAACAUCCUUACUUUGACCGUUUGAUCAAGCCUUUGAUUCAUCGUAAUUUGGAUAAUAAUGAUGAUGAUUUUGAAGAUGAACAAGCUGGCUUAGAAGAUGAAGAUGAAGAUGAUGAAUAG